AUGAGUGAUACCCCUUGUGCUAUCUACGUGUAUGAACACCCAGAAGCAACAGGCACCUCAGCUAUAGGAGAUCUGGGAUUCAACUUCCAGGAACCCUGGCGCAAUCCAUUCAAAGCUACAAGCUACCAUCCCCUCAAAACACACUUUCAUCUAACCUACCUCGAAGAUGCGGCUACGAGGGUAUGCUUUUACAUAAACAAACGAAUCGACCCUGGUACAUGGAGCGUCUCGUGUAUUCUCAAGGACAUCAUCUAUCUGUCAAUCUGCAAUCCGCACUCUGGCAGGAACAUCAAUAUUUUCAACGUCUACAAUGAAGUGACAGCCACUACGCUGACCACACUUGCGGAAGCCCUCGCCAAACUGGAGCCCUUGACAAAUACCGUGGUACUUGGCGACUUCAACCUACACCACCCUCUAUGGUCAACGACACACCGACGUCCUGGUCACGGACCAAGUUCCCAGCAACUGAUAACAAUCAUUGAGGAUUUCCAGCUAGAACUACUCACUGAGCCUGGGACUCCCACCCAUAGGUGGAAAGACGGAGAAUCGACAAUCGACCUCACGUUCGCCUCUGAGGACCUUACGUCCCACGUCACUCACUGCAAGAUCGACAGAAGCCUAGAUUGUGACUCUGAUCACCUCCCGAUAUCUGUGGCCAUCGAGUGGGAAUGGAAAGUGGCCACCCCGAUAAGGAAGCGUUUGUGGUCGAAGACGAACAUACCGAUACUCCGACAAAUAGUUAAGGACUCUCUACCUCAGGAUUGCAACAAUAUCGCGCUUAGGAAUGAGGACAACAUCGAUACACUCGUAUGCUCCAUCGUCGGGGCUCUCAAUGCGGGCAUCGAGGCAUCAACUCCGUUGUCUAACCCAAGUCCCCGCUCAAUUCCAGGGUUUGAUCAAGAAUGCAAAGAUAUCUGUACUGAAGUUCAGCGGUUACGCCGAAGGUGGCAACGAACAAGACAAGAUGACGAAUACGAAGCAUACCGACAGGCACGCAAUAGGAAGGGUCGACACAUUCAGAAACUGCUUCGCAACACCCGCCGCCAGAGAGUAGAACAGGCAUCUUCGUCGGAAAACGGACUAUGGAAACUAGUCAAGUGGGCCAAGAACAGGCACGAGACUUCGGCCGCCUGUACACCAGCACUUGCUAAACCAGACGGAAAACUUGUUCACCGGCCCGAAGAGAAAGCUGAGUUGUUGCGCCAAUCCUUCUUCCCACCUCCGUGUCAAGCUGAUCUCUCAGACAUCAAUGGAUACCAGUAUCCUCCGCCAAUUGAAUGCCCAGAUAUCACACUGCCGGAGAUUGAAAAGGCAGUGCGAAGGGCGGCACCGAACAAAGCCCCCGGCGCUGACGGCAUCACCAAUGGCAUCCUGCACCAGACCCUUGAUAUCCUUCUCCCCAGCCUCCAUAAGCUUUUCAACGCAUGCCUUCAACUGGGGUAUUGUCCUCAACACUUCAAGGAGGCAAUCACUGUAGUCCUUCGCAAGCAAGGAAAAGACGACACACAACCCAAGUCGUACAGACCGAUUGCUCUGCUCAAUACACUGGGCAAAGUGAUGGAAGCCAUCAUGGCCAACCGUCUUGCCUACCUUGCCGAUGUCUACCAAUUAUUACCCAGCAGACAUACUGGAGGCCGGAAACUCGCAUCGACAGAGCACGCCAUACACUUCCUCCUCCAACGGAUAUAUCAGGCGUGGUCCGAGAACAAAGUGGCCUCCCUACUGCUACUUGACGUUUCGGCAGCAUACGAUAACGUGUCCCAUGAACGACUAAUACACAACCUCCGUAAGCGUCGGGUGAGCGAGAAGAUUGUACGAUGGACGGCAUCUUUCCUUAGCGGCCGAUCCACCACUCUAAAGCUGCAGGAAUAUACUGCACCAUCGACGCCUAUCGAAACGGGAACCGCGCAAGGAUCACCCUUCUCGCCGAUCCUCUACCUGUUCUUUAACGCGGACCUUAUCGAGGCUUGCAUGACGCCUGAAACAGAAGCAGUGGGUUAUAUUGACGAUGUGUCUAUCCUAACCGUCAGCCCAUCAGCACUGCAUAACUGUAAAACCCUCAAGUCCAUCCACCGUAAAGCCCAGGACUGGGCAAGGAAACACGGUUCCCAGUUCGCGCCGGCAAAGUAUGAACUCGUACAUUUCACCAGAGACCCCAAGGCGAACAACACACAUGCUCUGCGCCUACCCCAUGCCACCAUUAAGGCCUCGCCAUCAUGCAAAUAUUUAGGUAUUCAUAUGGACACGAGACUCCGCUGGGAUUACCACCGCGAGAAGAUGGAAGCCAAAGCCACGAAGCGACUCUCGGCUUUGUCAGCCCUGGCAUCGUCAACAUGGGGCGCGGGCCUGGUCAAUCUCCAACAAGUGUACAGGGCGAUGAUCAUACCUCAGAUGUUAUAUGGGUGCUCAGCAUGGCACGUUCCCGGAAGAGGCCGCAUAAACAGGGGAGCCAAUAUGAUAGCUGCCAUUAGAAAAAUACAACGACGAGCAGCUCAAGUGAUCACUGGAGCUUUCCGCACUACCGCUGGCGCGGCGGUUGACGUCGAAGCCCACCUACUCCCAGUGGAACAGCAACUCGAACAAACAGUUCUGGAGACAACCAUGCGUAUCUGGACCAGUCCGCUAUACGACGACAUGGCCAAGUGCCCGGGAAAUAUUAACUCGGCACGAUGGACACGUCAAGAACGCGAUGAGCAGAGCCCUCUAGAUCAACUCUCGAGUAUCCUGGAGCACAAGUACGACGUGCAACUGGACAAAUUCGGGAAACACCAGCCACAUAUCGCCCCUCCUUGGUGGAUCCCUCCAUUAACGUGUAUAAAUGAAUCCGCCGAAGAGGCAAUCAAGGAACACGACGCCAUGGAAACAGGGACAAUAUGUGUAUAUACCGACGGAAGCGGCAUCAACGGUCAUGUUGGCGCUGCGGCGAUAGCACUAGAAUCUCAAAACCAUGGCGUUCCAACCAAGCGAACAGAAUACAUGGGACUAUCUACCACGUCCACAGUAUACGCGGCAGAACUCAGAGGGUUGGUACUCGCACUACAGAUGGUACUCGACAUCAAUACAGCGACAAAUAUACCCGGAAAAUGCGUCGUAUUCACCGACAACCAGGCCGCCAUCCAGGCAAUGCGGAACCCAAAGAACCCUUCCGGGCAAUACAUCCUCGUUGAAGCCGUACUGGCGCUUGACGAACUCAGAAGCCGGGGCUGGGAAGUGAAAUUCCGCUGGAUUCCAGCACAUGUCGGAGAGCCUGGCAAUAGUUGUUUCUGA